AUGCAGUGGCAGAAAGCUCUAGUUCUGGGGAGCGGAUCGUAUGGCACUGUGUAUUUAGGGGUACCCACGAACCCUAAUUUUGGACCUUCAUAUUAUAUUGCGAUCAAGACGUCUCGUCUUGAGAGUUCUUCGACGCUUCAGAAAGAGAGAAGAAUUCUCAGUCGGUUUGUUGGAUGUCCUGAGAUUGUUCGUUGUCUAGGGGCUCAGUUGAGCAUAGAAUGUGGGCUAUGUUACUACAACCUUCAACUCGAGUAUGCAUCGGGAGGUACUCUAGAAGAUCUAAUCAAAAGAUCAAGUGGAGGAAAGCUGGAGGAGCACGAUGUUCGAAGGUAUACUACGAUGAUUCUGAAAGGGCUUCGUGCUCUCCACAAACAAGGGUACGUUCAUUGUGAUCUUAAGCCGGCCAAUAUUCUUGCUUUUAGUACUGGAUCAGGGGGUGUAAGCAAGGUAAAGAUCACCGAUUUUGGGCUUUCGAAGAUUCCCGGGGAGGAGAAUGAGAUCAUGAGAAAAAGGUUCUCCUUUCGAGGUACUCCCAAUUACAUGUCUCCAGAAUCGGUUUUGUGGGGCAUAAUCACUCCCGCGUUAGAUAUAUGGUCUCUGGGAUGCGUAGUGGUGGAGAUGGUCACUGGAAACGUGGGAUGGGAUUCAAGUAUAAGCAUCGACGAGUUAAUGCUUGAAAUUGCUUGUGGAAACCCACCAAAGAUACCUGAAACAAUGUCAGAGCUUGGGAAAGAUUUCUUGCGGGGGUGUUUAGAGAAGAACCCUUUGAAGAGGUUGACAGCUGAGUUGCUACUGCUUCAUCCUUUCCUGGUCGAGGGUUGUCAAGGUUCUCCAUCUGCAGGACCAUCUGCUCUAAUUGGUUGUUCUUCAUCAGUUUCAAUGAAACCUCAUGCUUCAAAAAAAUCUCUUCCUCCUCCUCCCGGGUUUUCAUUGAAGAUGAAGAAGCCGCCGUCUCCAGAAAAGCUACCUCCGCCAGCUCCGGCCACUAAUUUGUGGCUCCAAUCUAACACAAACAUGUUCACUAUCCCUGCAUUUGAUCGUCCCAUGAAACAAUCAGCUGGUGUAAUCAAGCCAUAUCGGUUGUUUCCUAGCUGAAACAAAU